GUUGCAAUUUAAUAGUAAUUUCGAGUCAUUAUAGUUUAAGUUUUGCUUUAAAAAUAUUUGAAUCUAGUAUUAAAGAAUGGCUGUACCAAAUAUCACUUUCGUGCAAACUGAUCAAGUGGACUGUUCGAAAAUCCCCCCUACAGACUUCUCGUUACUGACCUACACAGAAGCAGAACUGGACAGCAUUGUCUACUUGCUCAACUCCACUCUUGCUCUGGAGAAAAAUUUGUUCGACUGCAAUGGAUGUGACGUCUAUGCAAUUGACAGAUACUUUCUACUUUUCUUCACCUUCGUAACUGGAUUCAUUGCAAUUUUCUUUUAUAUCAAAGCCAACAGGAAGUUCCGAGCAAUGAAAUCAACUUCAAGAAACGCCUCCAGGAACUCGACGUUGACAAAAACUUUUUCUCUGAUUUGCGUUAUUUGGAUGUUCUGCUAUAUUCCGACCUUCAUAUACGGAGUGUGGCGUCCUCAUUUGAGCAACUAUCUGAAGGAUUGAAACCGACUUAACUUCACGUUCCUUGUAUUCCAAAAUGAUAUGGAAUAGUUGAUUAAGCAUGCAAGCAUUUGAGGCGGCAAAAACCCCAUACAUUAAUACUACGAACAAUAGAGGGGAAAAAAUGUUGCUAUUAAAAUAUUCAUUCACAUAGUCCGAUUGGUGCGUUUUGAAAAUUGACGUCUUCAAAUUUAACCUUUGUAACACCACUCGUUACAUCAUGCAAU